AUGCAACCUCCAAGAAAUGUGAGCGAAGUCAAGUCCCUUCUCGGAAUGACCCAGUACGUAUCUCGGUUUAUUCCCAACUAUGCCUCCAUCACAACACCCUUGCGCACCCUGACCCACCAGAACGCCAAAUGGCAAUGGCAAGCGGAACAAGAGAAUGCCCUGAAGAAACUUCAACACGAGCUUACGAAUGAUCCUGUUAUGGCUUACUUCGACCCUUCGAAACCAACCACCGUCAUUGUUGAUGCCAGCCCCCCGGGUUUAGGAGCACUGCUUACUCAAGAAGGCAGAGUUAUCAGUUAUGCAAGUCGUGCACUUUCCAGUGUAGAAUCCCGCUAUUCACAAACUGAACGAGAGAUAUUAGCCGUUAUAUGGGCUAUCGAACACUAUCAUCUUUACCUCUAUGGUGCUAAGUUUGCUAUCAUCACCGACCACAAGCCGCUACUCGGAAUCUUCAAAAGUCAGAAACCAACUUCAGCGAGAAUCGACCGCUGGAAUCUAAGACUGAUGCCUUAUGAUUGCGAAGUUGUUUACAACCAGGAAAAGAUGCAGAAAACCCUGCCGACUCUCUCAACCGUCACCCCAACCCUGUCGUUUCUUCGCCCACCGACAACACCACCGAAGCAUAUAUCAACUAUUUGUGCACCAACCUCAUCCCCAAAGCUAUGAAACUAGACGAAGUGAAGAAAGAAAACGCUGGCGACCCAGUCCUUUGCAAGCUUUCUGAAGCAAUCACACACAACCGAUGAUUCGAUCCUGAAGUGAAACCGUUCGUUAACGUAAAGGACGAACUGUCUGUCUGCAAUGGAUUAAUCGUCAGAAACCACCGCCUAGUGCUACCUCAUUCACUGCAGAGCCAAGCCAUAGAUCUUGCAUACGUAGGCUACCAAGGCAUAGUCAAAACGAAAAUGCUACUUCGUGAAAAGAUCUGGUUCCCCUCCAUAGAUACGAUGGUGGAACAGAAAGUCAAGACGUGCCUGCCAUGCCAAGCAGCAACUACAGGUACCCAUCGACAUCCAGAACCCUUGAUCAUGACACCGCUGCCCGACGCACCAUGGCAAGAGGUUGCUGUUGACUUUGUUGGUCCGUUCCCAUCAGGCGAGCUGCUACUCGUUGUCAUCGACGAAUUUAGCCGAUUCCCCGAAGUAGAAAUUGUCACCAUACGAGCGCAAAAGCUGUCAUCCCAAAGCUGGAUAACAUAUUUUCCCGCCAAGGUGUUCCUGUUGUUCUUAAAAGUGAUAAUGGUCCGCCAUUUAAACAGCUCGGAAUUUGAACAAUUUGCCAGCUACCUUGGUUUCGAACAUCGCAAAGUCACUCCGUAUUGGCCAAAGGCGAAUGGAGAAGUGGAACGGUUUAUGCGCAUCAUUGAAAAAGCCAUACGUACAGCAGACAUCGAGAAGAAGAACUGAAAACAAGCCUUGUAUCAAUUUCUCCGCCAAUACAGAGCCAUACCGCACAAUACGACGAAUGUGUCACCAUCCGAGGCCCUGAACAAUCGAAAGUUGAAGAUACCACUUCCGAGUGUUCCAAAAACUCAGCAACAAGAAACCCAAGAUCCAAUGCGAAAACGAGAUCACGAAAAGAAAGAAAAGAUGAAGAAAUACUCAGAUCAUCGACAACACUCGAAAACAACUAAUCUGAAGAUAGGAGACACUCAGACACAGUCUUGUACCGCCAACCAAGAAGAACAAGCUUACCCCACCGUUUAACUUCAAACCAUUUACUGUUGAAACUCGGAAAGGAACUAUGGUUACCGUCAAACGUGGCUCGAAGAAGAUAACACGCAACAUAUCCUUCUUCAAAAAGAUUGAUAAUCGUGUAACGGAUACUUCAGAUGACGAAAAUGAUGACGACGAUUUUGAAUGCGACCGAACCAACGAAGACCAACACAAUCAAGAACCUGCUUAUUUACGAAGAUCCCAGCGAGAAAGAAGACAACCAAAUAGACUUGGAUUUGAACAUUGA